AAUUAUAUUAUAACUACAGCGAUGUACUGAAAUACUUAUGGUCAGCGGUUUGAUCGUUGGAGGAAUUUCCCUUGAGAUGAUUGGACCUGCACCUUUUCUCACAUCCAUACUACCAAACAAGAAAAUCUGGCUUGUUUGUGUUGCCAUGGCAAUCAAUGGAGGCUCGGCUGCCCUUACCAUACCCCCAGCRGUAACUGUAAUGUCCAUGUAUGCCAGGGACGCUGGUAUGCCUGAUGACAUGUCGACCAAUGGUGUUAUAUCUGGUAUUAUAACUGCAGCUUGUAACCUAGGGUCAUUCACAGGUCCUGCUAUUGGUGGAAUUGUCAUAGGCUGGAUUGGAUUUAAUUGGUGCGCUGCGAUUUUUGGCAUAGUUUCAUUUUUCCAGGCAAUUUUCACUGCUGUUUUCAUUCACUUUUGGAGACCUUCCAAGCCCAACGGUGGUUCAGAUUACGUGGGAGUUGGCCAAGAGUAAUGGGGACUGCGUAUUUAUAAUAAUUACCAUUAAAUAACACAAACUUUCAAAUCCUUCCACAAAUUCUUGAUAGACUAUGUAUUAUAAUCCAAUCUUUGGUUCUAUACCUCACUGACUUGACUUCAUAAUCUACURGGCGUAAAUUCACAAAAACGCGACCAAGAAGAAUUUUGGAUUCGACGAUAAAAAAUCCAUCGGACACAGGAGAAUCCGAACCAAYCCUGCCUAGUUUCGUAUUACCUUACAUGAGUGACAGACACUUGAACAGGAAUCACGAAGAAUGUAUAAAAUAAUAAAGAAACCGUUUAAAAACGUU